AAUAGCCAUUCUGGGACCGAAGAUAAAAAAUCAGACUAUUAGUUUGGCGACUACGUACAUAUAUUGCCUUUUGGUUCGUUCUUGUGCGUGCCCGAAACACGGCAAAGUUGGUCCACCCAAAACGGGAAACCUUGAUCUCUUUUGAGCCUGGCCCAGAAGUUGGCUCAAUGACUGUGUAGCCCAUCAGCAAGACUGGUGGUGUUGGAAAAUCAGCCAAAGAACAAUGAUCCUCGUCUAGUGCGUCCCACCCGUCCCACCCGUCCCACCCGGAUCCGUUCAUCCGUCAGAGAGCGCGUGGAUGUGAAUGUGGGUGUGAAGGCACCGAUCGCAUUGCUGGCCUCCUACAGCCUUCCUCGUCCUCGUCCUUCUGGCCUUCCCUAACUAAGCGAGGAAAAUGGUCUUUUUGUUGCCCGUGUUCCGAUGGAAUGCUUGGUCCCAAGGAGGGGUGCGAACUUACAUCAAGAACUUCUGGGCCCAAAACGAUGGCGCUUAUCCAUUUCCCGGACAUAUGGCUCAAAGCCAAGCCUUUUUCCGACAUCGAAAAGCCCACCCCAAUAAACGCCAAUUCAUUCCUCGCCCUAAAGAGAGCCGGCGACUCCGGAAGGAAGGCCAUGACAGCUUGAUGACCACUUUGGCCGGACGGAAGAUGAUUUUCGAAAAAAUCAUGAAGGACGAACUCUUUCGAGGCGAAUUUUAGUGCCCGCUCUCCUUCCUCUUUUGGCUUUUCUUGCAGUCGAUUAUCCUAGAAAUAAAUACCUCCUCAUCCUAUGCCUCCUCUCUUAUGCUACUUCGUAAUCACCCGCGUGACUACUCGGUGAGCGCCUAUCCAACCCAAGCAUGGCCACCGAGCAACUCUCGGGCACCAUUGUGCUCAUCAUCAUUGCCAUUAGCGUGCAAGCUUGCAUCAUGCUCAUCAUUUUCGCCAAACGGCAAAUCAUGCGCUUUGCCUUGCGGAAUCGGAGUGGACCCCACAUGCAUGUGGGACAAGGUGCACCCAAGGCUUUUCGGAGGGAAGUGGAUCGGCACUUGGAGUGGAUCAACCAUAUUCGCCAGGAACCUCAAUUGAACAUGGUCAAGAUCAACGCCGAGAAGCCGCAGCACUUUUUCCGGGCCCAAGCUAUGGAGGCCUUUCACCAAUUGGAACGAGCCAUUGCGGGUUAUAGCGCCAAUUACGCUCGACCGCCCUGUUCCAGUAUCCGAACCUUCCUCCACAAGUGCACCAAUGGGCCUUUGUUCAGUAUGGAUGCGCGAGACAUUGACCUUUUGGCUGACGAAUACGAUCGGGCUCGAUAUCAUUACGAGCCCUUCGAACAGAAGGAACUCCAGACCUUUACAGAGCGGAUCUCUAAGCUGCGGGGGUGUUUGUCCCGGAAUCGUGCCAACAAACCUCAUCCGUCGCCGAUGCCCGCCGUUUCACUCAAUCUGGGCGAAGAAGACAAGGGCCGACACCGCAAGAAAUGGUCCAACAACAAAGACUACGCCAAUAAUAGUGCUAAUUGUGGGACAGGGUCACCAUUUUCCAAGCAUUCAACCCAGCGGGGCAGUUCUCGUGUGACGUUAUUAGCACCUUCACCGAGUGCGAAAGACUUUAAGAGUGGGAAGAACAUUUCCGUGGAUGUGUGAUUGGGGUUGAUGGAUUCUCUAUUCAUGUGCGUGAACAUAUCUUGUAGUCCCUCUGAUUAUCUUGUUUCAUUAAAGAGGGUGUUGUGCCUACUAA